AGUGACUCGAUGGACAACGAUUCUUCGUGUUGGGUGCUGCCUACGUUUGUGUUGUUUCGUGUUGUUCGUUAGAAUCUAGCCUCGUUCGCAUUCGUUGUGGUUGACGUGGAAACCCAAAACAAAAACCAAGUGAAUGUGUCGCGAAAGAUAUUUCACGAUUGCCAAAACUUACCGAUUCAAGUGUUGCUGCUGGUGUAACGAACUGUGUGCAAUCUCGUUGGAAUUGUUUUGACACAAAGGAAGAAGAAUCUCUUGUGACGGAAAGAAUUCGUCUGCUAAGAAGGAGUGCAAUUUCGUCAGAAGCCGCAAUUUAGUAAACCUCACUGCCAGCAUGGAUUUGUACGCAAUCCACAAAUCAUUCCUGGACAUGCAAUCGGAUUUCGGUCGGAGUUCAGACGGUGCGUCUGAUGUCCAACAAUCGAGAAAUCGAGAAGAAAUGGCCCGUCUGAGCAAACUUAUCAAUAUGGCCAUUUUCAAAGGCAUUGUGCCAUCCAAUCGUCCAACGACGUACGACAUCAAUUACGACAGCAGCGAUUCCGAAGAGGACAUUAUGGGGCCCAUGCACCAGCUCAUACCUAAUAUGAACAAUCAGCAACAACAUCAGCGACCGAGCAGUACAGAAUUCAAUCCUAGUUUAGUUUUACCUUUUGGCAUUCGCGGUGCAUCCAACCAGAACAAUUUAAAUUCGGUCAAUCAUUCCGGCUCGUCUAGAGUCACCUUGGCUGAUCAAUUUACGUGGGGAGCUGUUGUCUGCGCCGGAGUCUUUGUCGUUGUUUUCAUUUGCGUCAUGGCGGCCUGGUGGGUUCACAAGAAACAACAGGCCCGUGUCAAUCGACGAACGGCACAGAGAGAAGCCCGAAGGCAAAUGGCCGAAGGGGCUCCGUACUGUAUUGAGAAUGACUUGCAUGGCCCUGGCAAUGUCCCAGUCGGUGACAUUCAGCGUCCGCCUUCCUAUUUUGAAGUUAUUGGGUUCUUCGAUCCACCUCCUUCCUAUAACGAUAUAUCGGGUGGAGAGUGCAGUAGCCAACAGCAAUCGGAAACUAAUCAGCAGGCUUACGAUAAUGUUGUUGUUGUGACAAUGGAUGAGCUUCCUCCACCGUUCGUGGAAGGAGAUUACAUCAAAACGGGUGAAAAGAUUGUCGCCGACGACUCGGUUACUGAAACGAGUGCCAUAAAUAGUCUCCCCCCAAACACUGCUGUUACUGUGAUACCUGGGCGUGAAGGACAUCAAGACGGAUCAGCUUCUUAAACUGAAAUCGCACUUUUUUUUUUCUUCUUUUUUCUCGCGAUCGCCUGACUUGAAAAAAAAUGUAUUCCAUGCCACAGUGCCUUACCUUGUAUAUUUAUAAAGAGAACAAUCUCGAUCACAAAUGCCCCAUUUGUGUACAACAUGUGUAUAUGACCAUGAUGUGUCAUAAUAUAAAUAAAUUCUUGGAAUUACU